ACUGUGAAUUUGUUACAUUAAACUCUGAGAACAGCUGAUGAUGGAGUUGGUGACGGUCUGGUUGGUGCAGCUAUUUAGUUGGGAGUCUGAAAAAGGUCUAGAAGUUUAGAAAUUCUGGUUUUGUGGUCAUUGUGCGCCAGAGAUUGAAUGUUCUUUUUUCUUUACAUUGACUCAUGCCCACGUAUAACAGUUAUUACAGCGGCUCUGUGAAGAGAGUGACCCCAAAUCCUUGGUAAUAAUGUUCAUAUCCACAACUUGCAAAGAAAACAGGAACACCAUGAAUUCAGAAAAGCUCUCCACCGACUACAUGAUCUGUACCAACUGUCAAAAAGUCCUCCGAAAGUUCUUGUGAAACUGCCUGCUUCAAACAAUAAGGAAGGAAUCUAAUCCAUGACCUCUCCAAGAUACGCACUAUAUGGAAAAUGUGAGGGUCCCUCAACCUGCAACAACUGGACCAACUGCCUUUAUACCAGAGAAAGAGAUUACCCAAGAUAAUCCUGUAGAUGGCCAUACCAACUUGCUAUUUCUGGAAGAAUACUCCACCACAGGAUGCCUUGACAACACCACACGAAUCAUGGGUUUACACCCUCAAUAUUUAGAAUCCUUUCUCCGGACCCAGUAUUACAUACUGCGCAUGGACGGACCGCUCCCCUUUGAAUACAGGCAUUACUUGGCAAUAAUGGCUACUGCCAGGCACCAGUGCUCCCAUCUGGUAAACACUCAUGUCAGUGAGUUCUUGCAGGUGGGUGGAGAUGCAGAGUGGCUAAAUGGUUUAGAGUAUGUCCCACAGAAACUGAGAAACAUCAAUGAAGUCAACAAAAUCCUUGCACACAGACCCUGGCUGAUCACAAAGGAACACAUCAAGAGAUUGCUAAAAACUGGGGAGAACAGUUGGUCCCUUGCUGAGUUGGUACAUGCCAUGGUCCUGUUGGCACAUUAUCAUGCAUUGGCAAGCUUUGUCUUUGGAAGUGGCAUUAAUCCAGAGAUUGACCAAGAUAGAACACCAGCCAUCAGCAACUUCUGUCUGUGCAAUGCCAGCAAUGAGAGCAACGUGGAAGAGGUCAUAUUUAUGUGCAGCAGUCCUGGGACUUCAGACUCGGUCAGUGAAUUGGAGGCUCUUAUGGAGAGAAUGAAGAGACUUCAGGAGGAGAACGAAGAGGAAGAAGCAUCACAAGAAGAGAUGGCAACACGUUUUGAAAAGGAGAAGAAAGAGAGCCUUUUGGUAGCCACUGGAGCUUAUGAAGAUGAGUUGAUUCCAACCUCUUACACGUCACGAUAUGUAGACGACCCAAGCUUUGGCUAUAAAGAUUUUGCCAGGCGAGGAGAUGAUCACCUUCCUACAUUCAGAGCACAGGACUACUCCUGGGAGGACCAUGGUUUUUCCCUUGUUAACCGACUUUAUUCUGAUAUUGGCCAACUGCUGGACGAAAAGUUUCGUAUGGUCCGCAACCUAACGUACAACACGAUGGCUAUACAUGAAGAUGUGGACACAACCAUGUUAAGAAGAGCUAUAUGGAACUAUGUUCACUGCAUGUUUGGCAUAAGGUAUGAUGAUUAUGAUUAUGGUGAAGUCAACCAGUUACUAGAACGAAGCCUGAAAGUUUAUAUCAAGACCGUGACCUGUUAUCCUGAAAGAACCACAAAACGCAUGUAUGAUAGCUAUUGGCGACAAUUCAAACACUCUGAAAAGAUCCAUGUUAAUUUGCUGUUGAUGGAAGCACGUAUGCAAGCAGAACUCCUGUAUGCUCUGCGUGCUAUAACUCAGUACAUGACCUGAAACCAGGAGAAGAGUUUAUUCAAGAACUUUGCUGACAAUGGAAGGUGAACGAGUGCCGAAUCCGAAUUAUCAGGAUUGUGACGAUGAACACGUUUUAGAAGAUUGUCCUAAACUUUAGCUAUUAUGUGCAAUUUAUACUGUAGAGUAAUUGAAAUGUUCCUAAGUUUAACACUGAAAAGUACUCGUAACUAAUCACUCACCAAAUUCACAGAUCCUUGUUAAUGUAUUUGCCUGUGCUAUUGUUCUCAGUUACAGUUGGUUGUAAUGUGAAGUGGUUUGUGAGAACUGGGGGUGAAAGAGGACCUUGGUAAUUUUCAAAAUGUGAAUUGAAUCAUAACACAAACAUUUUGAAGAUAUUGUUUGCUGUAAAGCAAGCAUUGAUGGUUUUUUUUCCCUUCCUGUGAGUUGCUUUCUCAUUUGUCACAGUAGAAUUCUAUUUACACAGCUGCCUUCAUAAACUAGAGGAUUUCAGUAGACCUAUGAUGUAAGAACUGGACCCACUAAAGAUAGAUGAGCAAUUUAAAAUAAAUGUAUUUUUGUGUGUGUGUGAUCUAAAACCUGAUUUGAACUUGUUUUAUUUGUUGAUCAUCCUCUGCUCUCUUGUAGUAGUUAAAAUCAUCUAUUUUAUACAUAACCCUUCCUGUUCUACAUAUUCCAGAAAUGUAAUCUCCAGAAUAAAGUUUUUAACACAACUAUCCUAUGGAAAAGGCAGGGCUGUCUCAAUCAAAUCAAAAGCAUUUGGGAUUUGGAGAGAUUACUAAAUAAUUCAAUUGGGAAUAAAUAAUGGAUGGUUACUAUUUAUUGUUGAAACUUGGAUGUAGCAAAACCAGAUUUUCAUCUGUAAUUGUUGUGCACUUAUCAAAUGAGUUUGCUGUAAACUAUUUGCUAAAGUUCACCUGCCCUUCAUUUGUUACUGUUGAAAACCAUAAACGGAAUGUAAUCCUAAAAAAAUUGCUCUGUGAAUUUGUAUUGCCUCAACCAAUUACUCUUGGGGAAAUUAGUGUUCAUAUUAUCUAGUUUUACUGUGUUUCAUUGAAUAGAGCUUGAGCUUUACAUGUGAGUUUUUUAAGACUUUGAGGUGAAGAAUUACUUAAGGGGUUGAAUUCUACAGGGAGGGGGAGCCUAUUGCUCCCCACCUCCCCCCCCUCCACCCCAACCUUGCCAGGAGGAAAGCUGGUCCCGCACUGGCUGACGCUGAAGAAGCCUGCCUCACACCAAUCGCACUCUGCUGGCGGCCUUAAGCAGGUGAGGGUCAGACUUCACCCUUCAGUGGAAGUCCCACCCUCAAGUGCUGAUGCCAAUCAGUCCAAGCAGCGUCAGAAUUCAGUAGUGGGCACUGCUGGGAUGACAAGCACCCCCGCAAGGAAGAGUAAUGGGGUCAGGAGUAUGGCAAGUCCUGGGUGGGAAGGGUUGAGGCAAACUAGGGAAUGGGGCAAGAUGGAGGCAGGCUUUGAAGGUCAUGCAGGAAAGAACAAUGGGAGGGAAAUAUCUUGGGUUGGUUGGGGUGGGUGAGGGUGGGAUGUGUCCCUGAUGUGCACAGGACAACCUCCAAAUGAAGUACCCACCCCCUUCCUUCCCACCGUUUAACUAGUUUGAGUUAAAAAAAGUGGCCUACCUACUUCUGCCUGCCUUGCCACAUCAACCAUAUUGUGGUAUGAUUAUAUACAGGUCAAUUGACUUGUUACAAGCUCAGUUGUCCGUUAAUUAUCUUUUUAAAAAUGGCAGGCCACCUACCUUGUUAUGGGGAGCAGAUUGGGAGUGGUCAGGAAGGCUGUGCGUUACUCACCCAUCGUAUUUUAUAUGCCCCCUCACUGAAAUAUGCCCAGCGAGUCGCUGUAAAAUCCAGCCCCAGGGGUGACAGCACCAACAUUUACACUUGGAGGAGAAUUACUUGUGCUUGCCAAUGCUAAAAUAUCUUUUUACAAAAAUUUAGUUGGGAAUAUUAAUUGGGUAAAUUUACCUUCAGUUUUUAAAGUGAGAGCUAAGGCUUUAAGUGCUAUCUGCUAUGAAAUGGAAAUUAAGAAAUAUGUUAGAGACAAAUUUGAUUUGUUUGGGAAAAUUAGUCCAGUGAUGGGACAAUACUUUUAUCUGUCAAAAUCAGUUCUUAAAAUCUAAUUUCAGAAACUAGAUGAUUUGCUGUUGAGAGAAGUUGGGUCCCAUUGUAUUUAUUCCAGAGACAAUAAUGCCCGUCUCACCGGCUUAUGAUUUUAUUUGGCUAGAGAAGCUCUGGUAUCAAAGUUGACACUUUAUAGUGCAAAUUCUGCUGUUUAUCACAAGACACUAAUUGUUUAGGAAAGUCUUUUUGUAUUGUAUUGCAUAAUUUGAGAAACUUUCCGCUCAACAGUUUUUUAUUGUAUACUCACAUUUAGGACUAGCAAAAGGGAUUGGCUACUUCUGUUGGGGGAGAAAGUUUGAAUGUAUCAAAGGAAAGUUAGGAUGCCUCAGGAGUUUUACUUGCUCACUAUCUAGGACCAUAUGAAAUCUAUUUUUCUGUGCCUGACACAUUUUGGAGUCUGUGACCACAGUGUCUCCAUAAACUUGAGUUUUUAGGUUAUUGCACUAGUAAAGCUUGCAUGGACUUUUUGGACUAAGAUCAAAUCAAGUUAUAAAUGUAACUGAGUACCAAUGCCUAACUCUGUGUCCCUAUUUUGCAUGGUGGUAUUUAAAUUAAGAACAUCAAGGAGUUCUGUUGCUAGGUGUCAAGAAUUGUUGGAUGGCCACAAUUUAAAUUCUGGUAGAAUUGUGUAAUACACUCCUUUUCUCUCUGCUCUUUCUCCCCACUGCCACCACCACCACCUCCAAUAUCUGACUAUAUAAUCUUCUCUGAUUCCAGGAUUGCUUUAAAAUUGGGAAAACAUAGUCCCACACAUGGUGUGAAAUUUAAAAAGUGGUACUGGCAUUUGGUUUUGUACAAGUUGCUAUUCCUAUUUACACAAUUGUUCGUGUUCACUAGUCUGUGGGUCCUUCCAAACAUUGAAUGUUGUUGUGUGACUGGCAAAUUUUUGACCAAAUGUUAUGAUGAUGGGGAAUGUGACUUGAAGGGCAAAGAUAUAAUCUGGGUGGUCAUCUAAUGGCAUUGCAGUUAAUUCCUCUAGUGUACUAACUAUACAUUCAUUUGAAUUCAUAGAGCGGAUGUUUUUAAGUGCUCAUUUCUCAUAAUUAAGAUCAUUCAAAACAUGAGAGUUCCUUAUGCCAAAAUUAUAACACGUGUGGAAAUUGCAUAAAAACCUACUGCUUAAUUGCUAAUAGUAACACAUUGAAAGCCAAUAUUUACAGUUGAACAAUCACCGCUCAAAGAAAUAGGAGUCUCGUGUAUUUUCAUUUCUAGUAGUGUGCAACUUUUUGCCUGAAAAUUUUAUCCUAAUUUUAAAAUGGAAAUUCAUGGCAUAAGCAUUGCAAUCAACUGCUUUUGAUAUAACUUCAGCUAUUUUACAGGCAUCAGAAGAGAGCCAAGCGGUUUUAAAGAAUAAAAAAAAUUUGGUUUGCUUGGAUUGACUGGUUUUAAUUAGUUAUGGUUUGUGCUGUUCAAAUGGACUUCCUGGCAAAUCAACACCACUCUUAUCAUUUGGGACUUACUGUUAUUUAACAGCUACAUCUGUAUAAUGGAUAUUAAGACUUAAAUGCAGCACUAAUUAUGCAGUUCAACUCUUGAGGGAGUUUGCAGUGUGCACUGUGUAUUUGCAGUGUUAGCCCAAUCUGACACCUCGAUCAAGCACAAUGGCCCAUAAUUAAUUAAGCAUUGUGUACAGGGCUGCAAGUUCCCAAUGCAGCUGGUGUGCCCGGUAUGAUUUGCCACUGUUAUCUGGCUGGCAAAUUUGAGGUGCAUUGAAGGCAUAGCUCAUGAUUAUAAAGUGACCUAUGGCAAAUUUCCCAGAACACUUCAGAAUGUUAACAGAUACCAGUUCUGUAUAACAGUGACUGUAUUUAUUUCAUUGGCUGUAAAAUGCUUUGGGGGCAUCCUAAGGCGCAGACAGGAUCUUUAUAAAGGCAAGUCUGUCUGUCGUCAUCUUCAGCGAUAGGGAAUGGAGCACAAGAGUAUGAUUUAAUUUAAAAUUCUUGCCCAAAAACAACAAAGCCCUCUCCCUUGAGAUGACAUUUUUUCCGUUUUAAACACCAUCUUAGAAGAGCUUUUGAACUUAUCAAAUGAGCCAGUUUUUGAUAUGUGCUGGCAAAAGAACUGGAUUUAAAUUAAAUAAUGGGUUUAAAACUUGAAAUCUCCUCCCAUGCUUUUAUUCUUUUGGAUGACUAAAUAUAAUGAAUGUAUCUUCCAAUCUUUCAUCUCAAAACCAAGCCUUGAGUCAUGUGUUUCAAGUAUUCAAGUAAAAAAAUACUUCGUAGAUUUUUAAAAAAGUAACAAGUAUUUUGUGUUGUGUGCUGAAAUCUUGUGAUUAUCUGUUUGGUGAUCGAACAGUAUUAUAAAUAAUCUUGGAUGCUUUCUUGAUAAUACAUAUAUUCAAUGAUUAUAUUCAAAAGCUGUGACAUUAUGCCUCUGUCUUGUGCUUUGUUACUGUAUGAUUAAAUGUGUAUGCAAAAAAUGUAUUGCAUGAAACGAGCAUCACUAGUUUCAAUCCGCCUGCCUUGUUUUGUGAUGUAUUUGAAGAAAGCUACAUUGGAAUAAGAGGUUCCAUAAUUGCAAAUGCAAAGGACAGCUCAUGCCAUAUCUGACACAAACUGCUUAAUUUGUAAAAGUUUAAGUAACUUUCCUUUCUACAUCUGUUUUGCUAAUUCGCACAUUUAGUGAAAAUUAUCCCUUCCAGCUGCUAAUAAAAGUUGAAAGUGUUGAAUCUGUGGUCACCAGCAGUCAAAGGGGAUGGGUUGAAAUUUAUUCAUUACUCGAUUGAUUCUUGCAGUUUCUAUUUAACAGCUUUUUUCUGAAUAAUUUUCUCUAGUUUUACUAAAAAUGUGAUUUAUAGUUGUGACCUAUUUAAGGAAAGUUUUUCCUGUGAUAUUUACAUUUGUUUUGACUCUAACUUGGAGGAGAAACACAAGGCAUCAAGUGUGGAGAUUGAUACAGAUGAUGUAUUGCAUUGCAUUUUGAUGACAAGGCUGCAAGAUUCAUAAUAGUUUUCCAUGUUUACUGCCAUGCCAGAGUGGCCAUGGAAUGAAUACAUUCUUAACCAUAUACUCUCCCCUUAAGGGAUAAUCUGCACUUAUUCCUGAGAUUAAAAAUGUUCAGUUUAUAAAUACAGAACAAUGGAGUUGGUUUGUAAAGAAACAUCAUAUUUUUAUUUGCAGAUUUCCUUUCAGUUAUUGGGGGAAGGGAGAGAAUCCCUUUGUUUCAAUAAAAUUGAAAAAGAAAA